AUGGAUCUCCAACGAGAGAUUGGGAUACUCAAGAAGCAAAUAGAAGACAAGAGCAAAGCCGACAAUGUCGAGAAACAUCGUCUCAGGGUGGCUCUCGAGGAGGCCACGGCAAAACUCAAAGCAGACGAGGCAUACUUUGACAGACUAGUCAAGGAGAACGAGAGGCUCAAAGCCGCAAAUAGGCAAAAUGGCGCAAGGCCCUCACGCAGCCAUUCCUCCAGCCUCGAGUCGCCAGCUCGCAGCAGCAGCCCCGCGCACUCCGCCGGUGUGUCAGAGAGCCCCGGCCACGGGGAACACCCCAACACAGCUCCCUCAGGGGCAUUUGCAUACGGCAAUGCCGGCAUUGAUGCCCCUGACAGACCUGCAGCAGGGCACAGUCCCACGCGCGCUGUCGCAGCUGUGCAGCAACCUAGCUCUAGGGAUCACAGCCCCCUCAGAGCUGAUGCCAGCAGCCAGGGGCGGCCGCCAAGCAAUAAUCCAGGGCCUUCAGGGCGGCCGGCAGAGCUCGGCGCGCUUGCCAACGGCGACGGCGCCACAUCGCUGCCGCUGCCAGGCCGCGCGCGCGGCUCAGGCCGGUGGCAGUCUCCCAGCGUGAGCGGGGCCGACCAGCCGACGCUGCCGGCGUCCCGGGAAGCUUCGCAGAUCGGCCGGCACAGCAGUCCUGCUGCUCUGGGGCAGGGCGGCUACUCCAAUCUCAGGACGAGUUCGCCAUUGGGAAGACCACAGGAGGCUGGCAGGUCUCAGAACUACCGCAGCAGCGCAGACCCAGGGCAGAUGCUGGCCCUGCUGGGCCCGGCAUCAGGCAGGAACACCUCUGAACUGAUGCAUCCCGACGACAUGCAGCGAUUCGGAUCUGAAAUGGAAGCCCGCGAGCUGGCAGGCACCCUCAGUCGGGUAUUGGAUGAGCUGGAGCCGCUCCGGGCGCUGCUGCCUCUGCUGGGACGACUGCCCACGGCCCUCAGCGCCCUCGACUCACUGCCCAGGAUCCAGGAGAAUGCCUCGCGCGCUCUGCAGAUGACCGCCCAAAACAAGGAGGAGCUGCGCACGGUCAGCAGGAUGGUGGCAGUGGGCAGUGACAUCAUCGACCAGAAUAGGAAGACCGUGUCGCAACUGCAGGAGCGCAUGGCCAAGGAGGAGGCGGAGGGCCAGGCGCGAGCCGCAGCCAGCAGGGCGGCCACGCAGCGAGUGGAUGCGAACAUGACAGCGCUGCGGCGCGAGCAGAAGCAGAGCGCGCAGAGCGUGCAGAGCAUGCAGAAUGAGCUCGGCAGCCUGCAGACGGCGCAGAUGCCCGCCCGGCUGUCCGACAUGGAGGCCGAGAUUGCCGCCCUGAAGGCCCAGAUCGCUGCGCAGUCCCGGCCCGAGCAACAGCAGCCGUCCGCAGCCGUGCGGCAUGUGCCGGCACCUGCUCCCCCCACCGGCCCCUUCCCCGCUGCGCCGCGGCCGCUGGACCCCCGGCCUCUGAUGGCGCUACAUCCAUCAGCUGCGGCUCCUGUGAGGGCGGUCGCGUCAGCCCCGGCGGCCGCUGCAACGGCUCCGCAGCCGGGGAAGAUCAUUGGCAGCAGCUGGCCGCCCUCGCAGCAGCAGCACCGGUCGCCGACUUCCCUCAGCGCCGUGCAGCCCUUCAGCGCGGCUGCCCCGCAGCUCUCCAUCCCCUUCCAGCUGCUCAUGCCUACGCCUGCAGCUUCCGCGCAGGUGCUCACGACGCUGCCGCCUCCCCAGUCGAUGAGUGUCCCGGCAUCAAGCAGCAUGCAAGCACCCCAUGCUGCGCAGCCGAGCACUGGUCAGCAGCAGAGUGCUGUUGCUCACCCAGCCGGCGGACAGAAGCAGCCAGCCAGCGGCCAGGACGGCGCCUCAGCCGGCAGCAAGCCGGCCACGCUGGUUCCGGCGCGGCAGGGACUCGCCGAAUUUGGCGCAGCGGCCAAAUUAGGCGCUGGUUCCCCCGGUUCGCAGGGGGUCUCCUCGCUCGAGCAGGCAUCCACGGCCAUGGCGCUGAAGCUUCCGGCGGUGCCUGCGCCCUCGCCUGCUCUGCUGUGGCAGCCAAGCACCAGCCCUGUCCUCUUGAGGCCUGCAGCUGAUGGCAGCCAGCAGGCCAAUGCCAUGGCACCCAGACAGGUCGAGGUGGACAUGACGCAGAGGGACAACCGGCAUCCAUUCCAAGACACCUGUGGCGCUUGUGAGGCUGCCUUCAACAGCGAGGUUCAAUAUUUCUGGCACCUCAAUUCAAAGGAGCAUCGGGAGGUCCUGACCUCAAAUGCACACACCUACCAGGCUCCUAGCCAAGAGGUGAAGGCCUUCAGGGACCAAUUCGAUUGGACGUGCCGGGUGUGCGACCGCUCGUUUGCAAAUUUGAAAGCCUAUGCGGCGCACUGCACCCAGUCCAAGGCGCAUGAGAGCAAGCUCGCUGCCAAGAUCAAGAGUCUCGCGCCCAAGGGCCGCAAGACGAAGGCGCGACCUUUUUCCUCGGGCAAGGUGGUGAGGGAUGCCUGGCUGGCGGCGCAGAGGGGCUACUACAGCCAGCCGGCAGACGACGACCGGGAUCCCAGUCCCACCGUCAGGCACAUCAGCAUCGACCGGGAUCCCUUCAGGGCCUCCCCUGCGGGACAGCAGGCCGGCGAAGCUGCAGGCAGCCCCCAUGCUGCCGCCGCUGCCGCGCCCAACCUUCCUCCGCAGCGCUCUCGGGAGCAGUCGGUGGAGGAGGGCGAGCUCAUCCCAGGGCAGUCCCCUCGCGCGACGGCGGGCCCAGUGCCGGGAGCCGGCGUCGCGCAGCCGCCGAGCAUUAGCGCACCGGAGGCGCAGCAGGCCGGGGCGAGCGGUGCAGCGGGGGACGGUGCAGUGGCGAUGGAGAUCGACUCUGAUCGAGCGGUUUCGGAGGAGCCAGGGCCGGGGCAGCUGCCAAGAAGCAGCCAGGAGGCGCUGACGCAGCAGCAGCAGGCGGCGCGGCAGGUGUACGCGCUGCAGCGCCAGAUGAAGGAGCAGAAGCGGCAGGAGCAGCUGCAGCGCCUGAACAGGUCCCUCGGCUUCGCCGCCCCGGCCGCCUCUGCCGCGCCCAUCACGGCCCCCGCUCUGUCGCCGCCCUCCCUGCCCCUGCAGCAGCCGUCCAGCCCCGUGGCGUCCAGCGCAGCCCCUACAGAGCUUCUCCAAUCCGCGGGUGCCCCAGGCACUGUGCUGGCAGCGACACCCGCCUCCACAGGUCCGCCAGCUGGCACGGCAUCAAGCGCCGUGUCCGCCCAGGGCUUCGGCUCGCCACAGGCGGUGCACCCGGCAGCGUCGGCUGCGCCGCCGAGCGCCGGAGCGGCGGCGGCGAUCCUGGCCCCUGUGGCGGCCGCCGGGAACGCCGUUGCAGACCUGAUGCUGCCAGACGUGACCGCUCCGCUGGUGUCGCCAACAGCUGCUGUUGUGACAGCCGUCCCCGUGGAGCAACAUGGGGAGGCCGCGGCAACAACGUCAGCAGCCAUGGCCGGUGACAAGUCCUCCAGUCAGCAAGCCGAGGCAGCACAGGCCGCCGCUACACAGCCUGCGGCCUCCAGCGCGGCUCCUGGCGGCGGCGCGGCUGUCACCGGCUUGGCAGUAGUUGCUGCGGCGGACGCGCUUGUGGGUGCACUUGCGGCGCAGGCGGCACCUGAUGUCAGCUUCAGCAGGACGGCGCAGGAGUUCCUGGACGGCCUGUCGUGGUCUCAGCCAUCACCGGCUCCUUCAGAAUCAGCGCCCAGCACUGGCACUGCUGUGCCUCGCGAGCCUGUAUCUGCAAGUGCCCAGCCAACGGUAGUGGUGCAGCCUGUUGGCCAGGAUGCAGUGCCUUUUGGUGCAGCAGCGAGGGAGAAGCUGGAGGGAACAACGCAGGAGGACACACCGGCAGCAGCAGCAGCUGCGACACUCUCGGUUCCAGAGCUUGGUGAAAGUGUGCAGACCGGGCAGCCACCCGAGGCACAGACUGCGGAAGCAGCCUCAGAGGCAGCCCCAGCUGGCAUGCAGGGAGAGGCUGAGGCUCCGAUCUCCAGUGCUCCAGCUACAGCCGGACAGGAGCAGGUACCAAGCGGCACGAGCAUGGCAGAUGUUCCAGCAGCUGUUGCUCAGAUGGAGCAGUCUGCCGCAAAGGCACUGCCCAGCAGUGCUCCUCUGCACGAGCCUCCCUCACCAGUGGUGAUGGAUGCAGCCCAGACACCAAUGGGCGCUGGUGGACCGUCCAAGGGAGCAUUGCAGCCUCAGGAGGAUAUGCCCGCACAGUCCUCGGCCGCUGCAGCAGACCCUUCCCCCUCGAUGGUCUCAGCGGCGCCUGCGGCUGAGCCGGAGCUGGCAGGAUGGCCACCAGCAGCCUCAGCAGCGCUGGGCGGGGACCCGCAGCGUUCAGCAAGCGUGCCUGCCGCAACAGAGGCACGCCCUCAGGCGGACGUCGGAGCUUCCGCUCUCCCCAAAGCAGGCGAACCGGCUCCGGUGACCUCAGCUGCGAUGGCGCUGCCGCUCGCCGCCCUUGGUGGUCCACCAGGUCAGGGCGAGCCUUCGGCAGCAAAAGAAGGGCUGACCUCUCAAGCGCCUGUCACAUUACCGCCACCGUCCGGUUGGGAGGUGGGGAGGAGGACAGACUCACCGCUGCAGGGCGAGCAGCAUCCGGGCGUGGCUGGGAAGCUGGCCAAGGCGGCCGCCGACAAGGCGGCAGCGAAGCUUGUGCCGCAGCCGCAGCCGCCUGAAGCUGCUGCGAGCGCGCCGGCGCCGAUGUCGGCCCUGCCGCAACCUGCUGUGCAAAUGCCGCCGUCUCCGUAUGUGCCGUCUCCAAUUGGCGGUGAUACAUCAUACGCUGCAGGCCUGGCAACGCCCCCAUCAUACCAACCAUAUCCCGGGUACUCGGCUGGACAGUAUGGGGCUCCUGCAUAUGGGGCCUCACCAUAUUUUGGAUAUGGGCCUUCCGGCGUGCAGGCAGCGUACAGCGCGCAGUGGCAGCAGCCAUUCGCGCAGCCCAGCUAUACCACUGCUUUGGCGUUGCCUCCCAGUGCUGCAACCAGCGCGCCUGUAGCCACAGAAGCAGGGACCGUCGAAGAAGGUGGAGAGCCACCGCCCCCGGGCGCGAAAACUUCAAUGGAUGCCAAGCUGCCGGCGGCUGGCGCAGGCCAAGACAUCCCAUCCAUGCCUUCCCCGGUCACAGCAAAGCAGGGUAAGGAGCCGCAGAGCGGCGGCUCUCCCGGCAGGUCCAGCGCAGUCAAAGCAGUGAUCAAGCGGCGGCCCAUGAUCGUGAUGAAGCUGCCGAGCAGCCUCCCGACACCUGCAGAGGCACCUGCACCGGAGCUGCAGGCACAGGACCCAGAGAAGCCGAGCAAUCAGACAACCGCUGCAGAGUUGCCCGCCACAGAGGUGCCCCAGGUGCAGGCUGCAGAAGCACAGCCGGCCCCUGUUGAGGAGACAGCUGUCCUCGCGAACGAGGUGGCUGCCCCUACAGCAGCCCACGACUGCGAUGCAGGUAAGACGGAUGUGCUGCCAGCUGAACAGGAUACCAAGGCGGAUGAGGCAGAGCAGAGCGGCUCGCAGUCGCCCAAGACGCCGCUGUACUUCCGGCUGACGGACGUCGCCCUGGGGGAGGCCGCGCUCAGUCAGGGAGUCACGGCCGGCGCCGGCUACGGUUCUAUGGGCACCUCCACGCCGCUCAGCACCGCGGCUACGGUGCUGCGCGGCACGUCAGCAGCCAGAUCAGGCGCGCCAGCGGCGGCCAGAACGGCGUCCGGCAGCCCGGCCUGGACCCGGGUGGCGCGGCCGGCUCAGCCGACGCGCGCCCCGGCAGCGGCGGCGGCCGCACCGGUCCCAUCGCCCGGCGUGGCGGCUGCGGCGGCGGCCGCAGCGCAGCCGCGGAAGGAGCCCUCGAGGGAGCCGGCGGGAGCAGCACCGUCGGCAAGCAAAAAGCGGCCGGCGGAGGCCGUCAGAGGGUUGGAGCGGCCGCUCAAGCGCACAGUCAUCAGGACCGGCUGCAGGCCUCCUGUGCAGCAAGCUGCGAAACAGGCAGCGAUGGGCAAGCCAGCUGCGCCAGCAGCACAUUCCGCCAGUCUGGACAGCGCAAGUACCUCAUCGGCCCACCGGACCCCCGUCUCCAAGGCUCCAACGCAAGGCGCAGCAACUCCCCAGCCAGCCGCACAGGCUGACAAGGCCCCCUCAGCUGGGCCUGGUAGUGAGUCUCCACAAGCCCAGCAGAGGACUCCUGUGCGGCAGCAGACGCCCAAAGACACGCAAGGAAAGGAACCGGCUUCAGCGCAGAGGACUGUAGCAGCUGGGGAUGCAUUGGGGGCGCAACAGCAGAGCAGCAUUCCCUCUGCAGCCAAGAGCGCUCCAAAGGAGGCUCCUGCAAGUGCGCGCAAAGCAACGGCGCCCUUAGCGAGCAGCAGCGGGAGCAAGAAGGAGGCGGCAGCAACGGGACUUAGGCCUAGGGAAUCUCCAGGCAAGGCGAACACCCCCGCCAAGACAGGCUCGGCUGGGAAAUCCGCCGAGACAACCAAGCGCCGCAGCCCUUCCAGCAGCAGGCCAGCGGCGCCCUCUGCCGCCGGUGGCGAGAAGAGAUCUGCCGCACCUGCGCAGAGCUCAAAGCCAAGGGUAUUCAACCCGAUGCCCCCAAGCAGCAAGAGGCACGCAUCACAUGGAGACCGCCCCAGCGCAGAGAAGCAGCGAGCGAAGCCGAGCGAGGAAAAGCAGAAGCCAGAUGCAGCAAAGGGAGCGUCCAGGAGGGAGGCACCCAGGCAGCAGCCGUCGGACAUUGCGCGGGGCAGCAGCCAUUCGCGGCGGCCCGAAGCGAGCGGCGUCAGCGACAGGAGGCCGGCAGACGCGCCAAAGCACACCGGCAGCGCGAGACCGAGCCCAGGCAGGCAGGACAGGUCCCUGGAGCACAGAGAGCACCGCUGUGAGCACCGCAGCGCGACGAAGCCCAGGAGCACCGACACCGACCAGCCGCACCCGUCUUCCGGCAGGGACGCCCCCGGACGAGCGCCGCGCGUGCGCGAGCGCGACCGAGCGUUUGGCGCGACGACUACUCCCAGCAGCCCCGCCGCGCUCAGCGUGCGCAGCAGCGCCAGCGCACGUAGCGCGGCCCCGGCCGGCGCCAAACGGCCGCGCGAGGACGACAGCCGCGAGGAGCAGCGGCAGCAGUCGCCGGCCAAGAAGCCGGCGCCGUCCCCAGCAAAGAAGCCCGCUGAGAUUGCCGGGAGACCCCCGGCGGAGGUCGCCAAGAAGCCGGCACCUGCGCCAGCUCAGAAGCCCGCCACACCUGCCGCGAAGCCGCCGCCUGCCGCUGCGAAGCCGGCACCGGCGCCGGUUCAGAAGGCAGCCGCACCUGCCGCGAGGCCUGCGCCUGUGCCCGUCCGAAAGCCGGUAGCGGCUCCAGCAACGGUAGCGCGGAGGCCAUCCGACAUAUCGCUCCCUGCGUCUGCCCCUGCAAAGGCCAGCAGCGGAUCUAUCUCGAGUGCCGGGACGUCUGGCGGGCACCAGCAGAUUCCAUCCCCGAGGAAGCCUGUGCCAGUUCCUGUGUCUGCCCCAGUGGCUGCCUCGCAGGGAACGCCUGCCGCCGCGCGCCAGCAGCAGCCGCCGCAGCGAAGGCCGUCACCGGGGAGCAAGGACAGGCGCGUGCAGCUGGAGGAGGGCAUCGCAGAGGUCCGCUCCAAGCUGAGGCAGCUGGAGCAGAAGAAAGCGCCUUUGCAGGCAAGCCACUCUCGGGGUGAUUUGGAGGGACCCCCCGGGGCGCGUACCUUCUCCUUGCAGCCGCCGCCGGACGCCAUCCGCAGCGGCCGCGUAGUCACCAUCUCCAGCGCCUCCCAGCCGGGCCCCCACGUCACCAUCGGUGGCCGCCCGCGUCAGGAGGGGGGUGCCAGCUGGGGGGCCCCCGCCGCCACUGCACCGCACCAGCAGCACUACCCGCCGCGCACCGAGUCCCCCCGACACUUCCACCGCUGUCCCCCCGGACCGCAGUACGGUGGCGGCCCCCCGCCGGAGCAGCAGCCGUUCCUCGGCGGGCCUCCUUUUGAGGAGCGGCUGCCGCAGAUGGGCGGCCCCCCGGGGCUGCACAUGCCGCCGGUCCCCUCCCUGCCCCCGUACCCCCCUCCCUUUCUGCCGCCGUUGUAUCACGAGCCCCAAUUUCCAGAGCGCGGAUCGCAUCGCGAGCAGCCGCCGCAGCAACCCCCCAUGUUUGACGGUGGCGGGCCGGGGGGAUAUUCCGGCCCGCAGCAGCCGCCCUGGGCCGGCAACUCUUAUCUGCCCCCUGAUAAUUACCCCUACAGGCCCUUUUACGAGGGGUGA